CCGCUCUCUCCCUCCCUCCCCCCUCUCGCCUCUCCGGGAUCAACACAAACGCCGCCUGGUCCUCUUCAGACCAACGAAGGACCCGAGCUCGGAGGGGAACCAGCUGCAGCCGGUUCGUGUCAGAAGAAGCUUUCGGGGACCCGGUUCGACACCGCGGGCGUCUCUCUAAGUUCGGGGCUGUUUGCUGGAUGUCCACGGAGCUGAUAUAAGUCCAUAAAACGGGUUGGACACGUCCCCCUCCUCCUCCUCCACCUUUCUCCCCCCCUGCCAGAACCAGUCGGACAAGGAGCAGCACAGUUAAAAACAAACACACAAAAAAUGGAGAGCCUACACUCCCAUUGCCUUAAGUGCAUCAACAGAAGAUGCAUGGUAAGGCCAGAGGCCGGCGUUUGCUGCGACCUCAUCGGCUGUCCGCUCGUCUGCGGGGCGGUUUUCCACUCGUGCAAACUGGAGGAGCACCGGCUGCUGUGUCCCUACGAGCGGCUGCCGUGCCUCAACAGCGGAUUCGGCUGCCCGUUCACCAUCGCGAGGAUCAAGAUGGCGAAGCACCUGGAGACGUGUCCGGCGAGCAUAGUGUGUUGCACCAUGGAGUGGAAUCGCUGGCCCGUGAGCUACUCGGAUCGCAAGUCCUACGAAAACUUGAGCAAAGACUUUGACGAGGUGGAGCAGUUGGACAUGGCCUUGGCCCUGCAGGACCAGAGGAUGUUGUUGGAGUCCCUGAAGGUUACGACGAUGGUGUCGAAGAACGGAGAUAAGGAGGCGGAUGAAAGUGACAAAAUGGCCACGGCGUCCGGCCUACCAGAGGCUGUGUUUGGCAACGGAAGUAUGGAAAUGGAAGACGAGCCCUAUAACGAGUUGUACAGAGCGUCGGAGACGAGCAGAAGUUUAGCCGUGGCCUUGGAUAUCCUCUCUAAUUCCAAGGACAUGGGUGCGAUUGUUGGAAAUUUAAACGGCGAAAAGACGGACAAGAACGGAGCCCUCCGCAACGGAGAUAACGGAGAUAGUCACAACGUUUAUGUCGCCGACGGUGGGAAGAAUGUAGACAUGCAAGAGAGUGACUCUGAUUCAGAGUGCGAACUCGGAGCUGUAGGUGGAGCGGACUGUGCGGUGGGGACGGAUGGGGAAGACGGUAUCGGCUGGGCAGACGAAAGCGAUUUUGUGGAGUUGUUUUUUGAGGAGAAGGAAGACUCUAUCGAGGAGCCGAUAAAUGAUUCCGACCUCGUCUGGCCUGAGAUGCCUCAGGACUACAUGCCUGUCAUAGCCCUGGAACGUCCCAUGCCUCAACAGGCGCCUCCAAUGCCAUUCCUGCUGUCUGAUCACGUGAGAAAUAACUUCUUACAUCACUUACCUACUGAGCUCAGGUACAGGUGUUUGGAGCGUAAACUACAGAAUGUAGAAGUGCUCAGAGGAAUAAGUAUGUUUACAUUUAACGGGCGUCGGGCGCUGCUGUCAGACCCGUACUUGUUUCGCGCAAAGAUGGAGGACAAGGCAGUCGACACAUCCGACCUGGAGGUGGUAGAUGACCCCAUGGGCCUCCACGGCAUCGAUCUCAUCACUGCAGCUUUGCUCUUCUGCCUCGGGGACUCUCCAGGAGGCAGAGGAAUCUCAGACAGCAGGUUUGUCGACGGCUACCACAUUGACUUUGGUACUCAGACAUUCUCCUUCCCUUCAGCCAUUCUCGCAACCAACACCAUGGUGGGAGACAUCGCCUCCGCCUCAGCCUGCGAUCACGCCAGCCCACAGCUUUCCAACCCGAGCCCCUUCCACACCCUCCGACUGGACCUGGUGCUCGAAUGCGUGGCUCGAUACCAAACAAAGCAGCGCUCCAUGUUCACGUUCGUGUGCGGGCAGCUGUUCCGGCGGGACGAGUUCUCCUCUCAUUUCAAAAACGUUCACGGCGACAUUCACGCCGGGCUCAACGGCUGGAUGGAGCAACGCUGCCCCUUGGCCUACUACGGCUGCACCUACUCCCAAAGACGAUUCUGCCCGUCUGUACAGGGCUUCAGAAUCAUCCACGACAGGCACCUGGGCUCGUUUGGGGUUCAGCCCGGUUUGCCCUUAAAAACCGGGGACGGCCUCCCAAGAAACGCCUGCCGCUUCAGCUCUCCGUGCGAUCAGUUCAGCAACCUUCCGUCCGAGGUGUUGCAGCACGUAGCAGGCUUCCUGGACAGCUUCAGCUUGUGCCAACUGUCCAGAGUGUCCCGCACCAUGAGGGACAUUUGUGCCAGUCUGCUUCAGAUGCGUGGCAUGGUCGUCCUGCUGUGGGAGAAGAAACGACGUGCUGAUGGCUCUCCUUCAUGGCAGAUCACAGACAAGGUGUGGAGAUUCAGCACAGCCUUCGGUACGGUGAACGAGUGGAAGUUUGCCAACAUCGCCAGCAUGGCCGACCACCUCAAGAAGUGCAAGUUCAACACGAUCACUCGGCGGGAAGAGGCGAUCCCUCUGCCGUGCAUGUGUUUCACCAGAGAGCUCACGAAAGAGGGAAGGUGUUUACGCUCAGUCCUCAAACCAGUAGCCUAAGUGUUUUUUUUUUCUAAGACGAGACCAUUAGAACUCAGAUACACAUGUGUUCUCCUGCGUGUUUACAGACGUUUGUCUCUUCCAGCCUCGGAAAGAUAGAAAACCCCUGGUUGAACGUUAUAAACUGGUUCACGGUGGAAAAAAACAAAACGAAUCCUCACUCCCAUAAAUAAGACAAAGCCAGUAGUGGGCCGAUUUCUACUUGAGUGGACGUACUGUGAAGCCGUGUAUCUUCCCCUCUGAUGGACUGAAGUUGUACCCGUAUCUACUCUGACAUUGUGUAAAUAAUCAGAUGUUUUGAUGUAGAAUUUUUUUAUUAUUUUUCUAUCAAAAAGUCAGUACUGUGCUCCAGCGGAGGUGAGAGUCAGAGCCUUAACUUAUGCUAUUUUCUAGUCAUGAGGUCGUCCUGAAACAUCUCAGUGAGAUUUCUCAGUUUACUGGCAUCGUGCACGGUUUUUAUAUCUCCUCCUGAUGCCUACAGUGACCACGUGUGUGCCGCUCAGAGCUCCUUUUUUUAGAUUUCAUGGCUUUUAAUUCUACAUUUUUAAGACUGACCAAACAUCUGUGGUAGCUGUGCACAAAGUUGUGCCAUUUUACAGGUUUUCACUGUGGGUGUUUGAUUUUUGUUCACCAGCGUACGGCACGUCACCGUCAUACGAUAGUGUGCCUCGUAACAAAGGUGGUCCAUCUCCCUCCUUGCUUCUGUCACCUCUGACUUAACAGGCUGGCUUUGUUAGUCAGGUGAGAGAUGAAGUAACUCUAUUCUUCAGCCAAAUCGUCCGUGGUCGGCUUGUGGUUCGUCUGUUCUACCAGCUAUCUUUUUUUUUUUUUUUUUAACGAGUAACCAGCAAUUAUUUGUAGGUUGUUUUUAUACAGAAAUCUAAAUGUAGCAGGAAAAACGAUGAAUGUACUCAGUGAUUACAAGAAUCCACCCGUGACUGUGGUCGGCGUGUGGUUUCCUCCCUUCAGUGUCAGACCUCAUGAAAGCCUGCAGGCCAGGUGUUUUUUAGAAAUCUAACGGGCACACACACUCACCUCCAUGAACGAGUAUCGCUAACUAAUUAUUUAUCAUGGUCGUGUGUUAUCGGCACUACAUGUCCACUGUCUUCAGAUGCUGCUGGCUUCUCAGGGUUGUAGAAUGAGGCUUUGUCUCACUGAUUUCGCCGCAGAUUAUCGGUGUUAGCGUAUUCGUUAUCCAAUGUGUGCGGAUGUGGAAACUGUUUGUUUUUUUGGGGGGGUGUAUAAUGCAGAAAAAAAAGCUUGUGGUAAUAUAUCUGUGUCACUGCAAAGUUUAUCCAGGAGAGUUAGAGUAAGUAGCUUUCUGAGUAUUGGUGCAGAGUUACAGUGGUGCAGAAUCCACAGUCAAAAAUAUUCAGUUUAUUGGCUGCCACGUUGGUAAUCUGUGAGUUUUUCCUCUCUGAAAUCAGCAUCAUAACAGCCUUUUUAAAAAUCCCACAUCAGUUGGACUCAAUAGAUAGAUGUGUGUAGCAAAAAAACGACACGACGACGUGUCAACUACUUGAUUAUCAGUGGAGUCUAAGAAGUGACCGGCGUACCGCUCAGUAUUAUAAUGACGUAACAGCGUGUGUUGCAGUGCCGGACUAACGGAUGAGAUGUUUUGGAGUUUGUCAUCCAUCAGCAUCGUGUUCAGGCUGUCACCUAUCAAACUUAUUAACCGUUUAAGGAUUAAGACACGAGGCCUAACGACACGAGAAACCUUUGCUCCCUCGCGUGAGGAAAUGGACUGAAAUGUUGCACAACGUAGAAUGCAAAGUCAAAAAAAAGUGACCGAUGAGAAGAAAUGGAUAUUCCUUUUGAGAAAGAAAAAAUGUGUGUUUUUGUUUUUAUAUUUUUGAAGUGUGAUGCAAAAGCCCAAGUGAUGUCAGAACUAAGCUGUGUUUUUACUCUAAUAAGUCCCAAUGUUUGGUUUAUUUCUUAUCAAUUUUGUUUUGUACUGGUACUUUUAUUUUGAAAGGAAAAAUAAUCUGCCUCUGUAAUGUCUGGAUUUUGAAUUACUGAUUUGCACAUGAAGGCAUGUACUGUAAAAUCAUGAUGUUGAGGAGGUGUUUGGUUUUUUGUUUUUUGUUUUUGCAUGUGAGUUUGAAAAAUGAUCAGUCAGUCCAAUUCAUUUAUAGUUUGUUUCUCAGGCACAGUGCGUCAUUAGAAAACAUCUUCAUAUUAACUGUUACAUUUUCUAAAGCCAGAUCUGUUCACAUGCUCUCAAUCUUUAGGUUUUGACAGACGGACUGACCUAAACAUUAAAACACAUAAUUAAGACAAAUAUAUUGUCUGUACCACAUCUGUUGUGUUAUUUUUGUUGUUGUUGUUUUUGUAUUGCGGUCUUUAAAGGCACCUGGAGUGUGUCAACACUUUUCAGCAUUUUAAGUUUUUGGUUUCACUCCUGCUGAAGUGUAUUUUUCACCACGAAAUGCCAGCUUCAUUUGUUUGACUUUGAAGCAUUUUAAUAAAGAGGUUCUUGGUUUUUAAGUGUUGAUUUGUUUA